UAUAUAUUUAUAUUUAUAGUACACAAGACUACUGUGGCGCUUUCCUUAAUAAAGGGAAUUCUAUUCAAACUUAUCUAUAGUAGUACUAGAACAACUGCAGCUCACCAAAACCCAACUACAACACAACUAAGUACUUACUACUACUUCCGAUUAAAGCCGCAGCCACCACUCCCACUCCUCACACCGACAUUUAUAUUCCAUCCUUUCCCCAAUUUCUUUUUAUGAAAAUAAAAAUAGAUCGCUUGGUCUAGAUUCUAUCCUCAUAUCUUAUCCCGGUUUGAAUUUUUUUUCAAGUAAUAUCCUAAUACCAUCAUCCAAAGUGAUAAAGAAAGUGGCAAAUAACAAGUGGUGGGAAAGAGUAGAUGUGGCCACCAUGGACGAAUACAACAACAAUGAGCAACAGCAACAAGAACCGCCGCCUGCAUCAUCUCAUCGAAACCUUCAUCGUCUCUUCAGUACACCGGAGCUGCACCUCCAGCAAACAAUCUUAUCGAAUAAUCAUCAUCAUUACAGCAUUGAUAAUUCUCCAGAGUCGUCGAAGGAAGAUUCUCCCGACAUUGACCCGACAGGCACGGCUUCCGCUUCCACUUCUAGCCGCCGCCCGCGCGGCCGUCCUCCCGGCUCGAAAAACAAGCCCAAACCCCCAAUCGUCAUCACCCGAGACACCCCCAACGCCCUGCGGUCUCACGUCCUUGAAGUCUCGGCCGGUUCCGAUGUGGUCGACAGCGUUUCUGCAUACGCCCGCCGGAGGGGUAGAGGAGUCUAUGUGCUUGGAGGAAACGGAACCGUCGUCAAUGUAACACUGCGGCAGCCGGUUUCCCCCGUAGAAAGAGUCGUCAGUCUACAUGGCCGUUUUAAGAUCCUCUUGCUAUCCGGGACGGUGCUUCCGCCACCAGCACCGCCUGGGUCUAGUGGAUUGUCAAUAUUCUUGUCGGGUGGGCAAGGACUAUUAAUGGGUGGGGAUGUGGUGGGGCCGUUGGUGGCUUCUGGGCCGGUGGUGCUGAUGGCGGCCACGUUUGCCAACGCUGUUUUUGAAAGGCUGCCGCUUGAGGAGGAGGAAAGUAAACCUCCUCCGGCGGGGUUGACGGGUGUACAAGGGCAGCAAUCGAUGGGAUCCCAGUCUUCGGGUGUUACUGGAGGUAGUCAUCAACCCGAGCAAGCUGCGGCGGGGGAGGGCGGUGUUUUGUUUUUUGGAAUGGGCUCAGCACCACCAGGAUCACCAGGGGCUGGGAAUUUUCAAUUUUCGGGAGAUUUGUUGGGUUGGGGACCAGGUAACACAACAGCAAGUACUACUACUAUUCUUCCAAGACCUCCAUUUUACUAGUCUGUUGUUCAUAUAUAUAUAUAUGUGUGUAACUUCUUUGAAGAUGAUAAAUUAAGCUGAGCUAGUCUGCUGCAGAGCAGCAGAGGGUGUAUUAGAUGUUGAUCUUAAUUUAAAAUGAUGAUGAUGAUGAGUAUUAAGACAGCAGAAAUAAGGUUUUAUUAUCCAAUGCUGAUGAGUACGUAAGUAUCUGUGUUCGAUUGAUCGGUCAGUAGUAUUGUAAGUUCGUUCUUGCGUUGUCGUAUGAUAAAUUAAAACUAAUCAUAUCUCUUUGGGUUCUUGAUCUUCAUGCUUACA